AUGCUCACAGGUAUAUUCGUUGCCAUUUUACUCAUUUUGAUAGUCUUCUAUGGUUGGCACGUUCAUCGAGCCUACAGUUUCUUCACUCGUCUGAACAUUCCUGGUCCAUCACCACGAUUUUUUGUCGGUAACUUUUUAGAAAUUCUCCAAACAAAGCGUCUUUCAUUAAAGAUUCAAGAAUGGACGAAAAAAUAUGGUCGUAUAUUCGGCUAUUUUGAAGGACACACACCCAUUCUUGUCGUCUCGGAUCCGGAUAUUUUACAAGAUGUAUUCAUCAAAUCAUUCUCUAGUUUUGCUUCGCGUCGCUAUUUUCCAUUCGCAGAUCCUCACGCAAAAAAUGUUCAUCUAUUCGCCGCCACCGGUCUUCGUUGGAAACGACAACGAUUUGUCAUUAAUCCAACAUUUUCAUCAUUGAAACUCAAACAAAUGUCUCCGCUAAUCAAUCGAAGUAUUGAUUCUUUCAUGGAUAGAUUAGCUGAACAACAUCGAUGUGAUCAACCAUUUGAUAUUUAUGAUCUUUUCAAACGUUUCACAAUGGAUACAAUUUGGUCAUGUGGAUUCGGUCUGGAUACUGACAUGCAUAAUAAUCCGAAUGAUCCAUAUUUUGUUCAAUUACAACGGUUGACAACCGAAGAGAAUAAUAUUACCCUGCUCAUCAUCUUAUUUUAUUUCAUUCCUGAAAUCAAAUGGCUGUGGAAUGGGCUUCAUCGAUAUGAUAGUUCUAUUAGAUAUUGGUUGACUAACUAUUUACCUAUAACACGAAGAUUUAUCAGUAAUGAUCCCGAGGUGUGGUUACAGAAUCAAGCUGAACAGUUGAUCAAGAAACGCGUCGAAUUAGGCUAUACGAAACGAAUUGAUCUAUUGCAAUUGAUGCUCGAAUCAGCCUCGAACGAUAAUGUUAUUCAAGUACGAAGUUAUUUUCCUUUAUGA